GAUGCUUCAAAAUUAGGCGCCUUUGCAUACUGUAUCGAUGCUACCGAAUCAAUGAGCCAGGUGAUCACAUGCUUUUUACUACAAAGAAUCGACUAGCAGAACCGACAAGAUGUCGUAGAUUGGCUCACACGUUUCAAAGAGCUGGAUCUAUGAUCAGUGCACUGGAAAGUCUUUCUCCCUAGCCGUUGGAAAGAUUCAAAUAUCUCCAAAGACAAGUCUUUCGUCGACAUGGACCCAAACCUUACCCUUGCUCAUCUUACGCAUAACACGUCAAUGAUUCUUUUGCAUUAUCCGAUUGCAUUUCCUCCCGUGGAAUGGACAAACCUCAUGCAGUUACCAAGUGCGUGUAGCGCAGAGACUUGCCAUUUGGCUGCUGUGGAGACAUCCCACAUUGCAGGCAAGUUUCUCAAAUAUACACCCAUUUCAUUCGUGAACCCACAGUUUUCCUUCUGCGUGUUUGUGGCUGCUAAAGCGCUGUUA